AUGAUUUUGGCGCAAAAUUUUUCCAUUACAAUUUCACCAAACGGGAGUGUUCUUGUCGAUCCGGAAAUCGAGAUUGAUUCAACUAAGUGCAUCAUCUGCAUCGGCGCGCAGAAGAAAUAUCUCCAGCCGCAGUUGAUUGAAGAUGCUCUUAGAAACAUCCUUCUACUUGACCUUGAGAUCUCUCCCCUUGGAUUCGCGCUGGCUUGGAUACCCCUGAGUGAUUUCAUAAAAAUGUUCAAAAACGGCGUCGGACCGCAUUCGAUCACGCUCGAACAUCAAGAAAGCGUCGCUGUUCUGAUCCCCUCGACGAAGUCAGACCAUUUUCUGAUCCGCCCAUACACGAUUUUCAAAAAAGGAAGUGUUCGUUCAAAAAGUUCAAAUCCAAUGCCGGCUAAUAAAUAA